AUGGAGUUUCUAUGUUCAUUACCACCGGAAAUCAGCCUUCAUAUCUUGACCUUUCUCAGACCGUGCUGCCUAAAGUAUUUGUUCGGGCUUGACACCAUUUUCAACGAUUGUCACCAAGACUCAGAAUACGAUGAAAUUCGUAAAAUGGCACUUUACGCCAUGUAUGAAAACCAAAACGUUUCCAUUUGUGCUCCCAACUACAUGCUGAAUGCUGUGCUUGAUCUUAACGAACCACUUUUGAAAUAUCUUCAAUUUCAUCGUCUUGUCAUUCGACCCAAGCAAAUUAGUAUUUUCUUACUUCUGCCAUUUGUUGAAACUUCCACAAAGAAAAUAGCCGAAUAUAUGGAUUGCUUGCAGCGGUUUACAAAUGUGUUUAAUAUCCAUAUACUGACCACUUGCUGCAUCCUGACAGAUGAAGAUAAUAUCAUAAAUGGGUUUUUGCAGCAAUUUAAAAAAUUGAAUUCCUUUAGUAUCGACCAGAUAUCCCAUAUGCCCCAGCAAAAACCAUGUCAGUUUUUGGCUCUGGUCCCAGCUACCCAUCUCACAUUAUUGUACCAUAACGCAGAAGCAACUAUGGUACAACUAGGUGCCUUUAAUACCAGCACCAUCAAGCAUCUUGAUAUCUCUUUUAAUGGACUUACCGAUUAUAAUUUGCAUCGAAUCCAGUUUCCGGAGCUGCUCGAGUCCCUAAACCUUUCCAAUAACAACAUUUUCCAUUUAUCAAGCUCCACUUUGAAUUUGCAAAAUCUUCCAAAUUUGAAAAAAUUGGAUUUAUCAAACAAUAAUUUGAUGAGUAUUUCCAUUUCCCAAGCCACAUGUCAAAUUACCCACUUCAAUGUCUCCGGAAAUAACCUCACCAGCCUCGAAUGGAUUAUGGCACCAGCUUUUUCACAUCUCAAGUCCAUCGACCUUGCCCAUAAUAUGAUCGCUACCAUUGCCAAGUUUCCAUCCAAAGUAGAGUAUAUCAACUUGUGUGGAAAUUUUCUCCACAAUGCGUGGGCAGAUAUCCUCAAUGGCUUGCUUCCGCCGAGCUUGGUACUUCUCAAUGCCCUUCAUUGCCGCAUAGACACUUCUACAAUUCCUGACGAUAUAGUUGGGCUCACCAAACUUUACAAUCUCAAAGCAUUGUACUUUAGUGGAUUUACAUUUUUGGCCCAAAGUAUAGAAUAA